ACUGAUACUGUUUAUUCACUUUGUUUUACAUUUAUGUCGUCAAUGUCAUGCUAAAUCGUUUUCUAUGUUUGGAUGAACAUGAGCAGGCUAUAUAAUCAUAUCGCACAAACAUUUUUAUGGAUUACUGUCAUUAUUGUACUGAAACACCAAACCAUCUGACAGAUACUAAGCAUUAAGAAAUAAAACAAAAUGUUAUUUGAUUACCCAAAUGAUCAACUUAUCGCAGGUGACGAAUCAGCGUGCGUCGUAUGCCACUCGGAUCUUCUCGUCUAAAGCCGUGCUUUCACUUACAAACAUCCGUCUUAAAUGCCAACGAAUUGAUUAUCGUUGCCGGGGACUUGGAUUCAUUAAUUUUGAUCUUGUGCAGCGAGCUAAGUAGCCAGUGUAUCCAGCACACAAAUACGCGAAACAAUAUGGAGAAUAUUCGUCAGUUUGGCAAGAAGUUGUUUCGUGUGAAAACCUUUGAUACUCAGUCGCUACAUGAAACCGAGUUUCGACGUUGCUUGUCGAUAUUGGACUUAACAGGAAUCGGUGUGGGGAGUACUCUCGGUGUUGGAGCUUAUGUGCUGGCGGGACAAGUGGCGAGAGAUGAUGCUGGCCCAGCUAUCAUCCUCUCCUUCAUCAUCGCUGCAUUGGUUUCACUGUUGUCAGGUCUUUGCUACGCCGAAUUUGGUGCCCGAAUUCCCAAAACCGGAUCUGCAUAUUUAUACUCCUAUGUGGUCGUUGGCGAAUUAAUAGCAUUUGUAACGGGCUGGAGUAUGAUCAUGGACAAUAUUAUCGCGGGAGCUGGUGUUGGCAAAGCCUGGAGUGAGUAUCUCGACGCAAUGCUAAAUCUCACCAUCAGCGAGACGAUUCGGAGCGAAAUCGGUGAGUUCCAGUCAAACUGGUUUGGAGACUACCCUGAUUUUCUAGCCUUCGUGCUCUUGCUAAUUAUGACUGCAGUAGUUGCGAUUGGUGUGCAGUUAUCUUCGAUCACGAUGUUCAUUUUUACUGUAAUCAAUUUGGCGGUUGUUGCUUUCAUAAUCAUCGCUGGAGCCCCGUAUGCCAACAUCCACAACUGGACAUCAAACGGAGGAUUUUUUCCUUACGGCUUUCCUGGCGUUAUUGCAGGUGCAGCAACAUGCUUCUAUGCGUUCGUCGGUUUUGAUGUAAUUGCAACAUCUGGAGAGGAAACAACAAAUCCCGGUAAAGCAAUUCCACUUUCUAUCAUAUUGACGUUGGUUGUGUGCACGAUUGUCUACAUUCUGGUAUCUACGAUUUUGACACUGAUGGUAAACUAUAAAGACCUGGCUUUAUAUGCUCCACUUGCUCAGGCCUUCAGUCAGAAUGGCUUCGACGCCGCCAAGUACGUAGUCGCCAUUGGUUCUCUGGUUGCUCUGACAUCGUCGAUGCUGGGAUCCAUCUUCCCCCUACCGCGGAUCAUCUACGCCAUAUCCAAAGACGGCCUCUUGUUUCAGUUUCUAGGUAGGGUUAAUUAUAGAACAAAUGUUCCUGUAAACGCCACAAUAGUCAGUGGACUGCUGACUGCCUGUUUGGCACUAGUCUUCAAUCUUCAACAGCUCGUAGAAAUGAUGUCAAUAGGAACUCUGAUGUCAUACAGUCUUGUUGUCAUCAGUACAUUAUUGCUACGCUAUAAACCAGACCACAUUGGAUUAAACAAACAACAAUCUAGCAACUUCAACGUCUUCCCUCGUGAAGAUUCAAGCCUAAUCGAUCUUGGAGAGGGCCUUUCCAGAAGGUACACAAACGCAGCAUCACCCAGUGGCGACGACAGUGACGAAAGACAACUCUCAAUAACAACUACAUUCGCCGACGGUGAGUCAGACGAUGUACAAAGACUUGUAGGUAAAAAUCAUACAUUUGAGCAACAGCGACCAUCUGAAGUCACAUAUACAAAGGUGUUUUGGUUGACGAUUGCGUCCAUUUUACUUCACUUUGCUAUGAAUAGUAUAUUGGUGUUUGCCGAAUCAGAAGUCAUUAAUGGUGUUUGGUGGUAUUUGUUUUUGUUGGCUAUACUACUUACAGCAUCUAUAAUUUGUGCAGUGUUUAUCUGGAGACAACCUCAAAAUACAAUGCAACUUGCCUUCAAAGCCCCUCUUAUACCUGGCCUUCCAUUACUUGCCUUGUUCUGCAACAUUCACCUAACACUUCGCCUGACGUUAGCGACUUGGAUAAGAUUCUUCGUUUGGCUUGUCGUAGGUUUAUUGGUGUACUUUUUCUACGGAAUUCGGCAUAGCAAGGAGUCGGAGUCGUCAGGCGCUCUUCCCGCUGUCACACGUGAUGAUUAAUUCACCUUGGUGAUGCUAAUAUUUCGGAGCUACAGUCACGGCACAUUUAUUUAAUCAGAGUAUUGAUUUUCUGAUUUCAAACGUGGAACAAUAUUACAAAUGUUGACGAUUAAAAAAAAUCCAGCUUGCUCGUCGCGAUGUCUUUUAAGACACAUAAAAAUACUCCCGGCUAUCGCUUGUUGCAAUAAGUUAAAUAUGUGAUGAGCAAAGACGCACAUGUUUCCUUCCAUAACCCGUUGUCUACACACUUUAGCAGACUAUGUGGCUGAUUAAAAAAGAAAUAUAUAUUAAACCACUUACUUCGGAUCAGAGGUACUAGUUAUUUUCUUCAAAGCAUUGAGAUUUUGCAAAAGCCUUCCUGAAUUACUAUAGUUAAUCGUACUCCAAAAAUACACGCAGUUGAUUCUGCAGUCGACAAUAUUCUGUAUCCUCAUCAGAAACGUUGAUGAUUUUAAUUUACCUUCUUCUAUUCAAUGGCGCAUUAUUACGGAUAUAAUUUUCCUUAAUUUAAUUUAGUCGGGAGUGCUGACCAUUUGGAAAUAAAACAUAGGGGAAUGUCGAAGAGUAACGUCGUGAAUAGAGUAUGAACAUUGGAAACAGAGAGGGGAUAAUCUAAGGUUAUUGCCAUUAACAAAGAAUUUUUAGCAAAUAUCAAAAAGAGAAUAAUUGAUACAAUAUAAUAUAAACUGUGGAAGAGAAGGAAUUGUAACACAAAUGAAAGACGCCAAACCUGUCGUAUGUGACUCGUUCUGCUCGGAAGAUCAUUGCCUUCAUUAUUGUCAUGAGGGCCACAUUCAGCAUCAUCAUCAAUUAUCAUCAUCGUCAUCAUUAUCGUCAUCAAUCAUCAUCAUCAUCUUAUGAUCAUAAUUACCAUAAUUAUUACUCUUAAUCUUAAAUACAUUGUAUGCAACUUUGUAGCUACUGGCCCUAAUGACAGCGUAGACUGAAGAUGACAACUCGAGGUCAAGCGUCAGCCAGGGUUGCUAGCAAACAAUUUUAAUUACAAUAAUUAUGAUAAUGAUGAAUAUAGACAAACCUUAGUAAUGAUUCUAUGAAAGCAUAAUACCAACACAAUAUACAUAUAUCAAUAUACGACAUAUGUAUUUAUGAUACCGAGAAUAUGUAUUAAAAUUUUGAAAUAUAAUUUAAUUCGACAGAUAAUAAUCAAGGUUGCUCAAAUUUAAACGUAUUAAUCAUGUCAAAGUCCUGUAUUAAUUUUGAUCGAUUAUUUUGUGUAAAGGUAUGUCAAGGCGGUUCAUCAAGAUAAAUUAUACUUUGCCUAUUAAUUUUUAAAUUGACAAAUAUUGAAGUUUCACUGUAA